UCCCUGACGACCCUGUUGACGCUGACAUCCUCAAGGACCAUGCCACCAUCAUCAAGAGAUGCCACGCCUGUCACGUCGAGUGCAUCCGCAAUUCUGCAACGGGCGACGUCACCAUCUCUGGAACGAAGUUCCAUGGCACCACCCCAGGGACCCGGGAGUCCGUCGUGGGCUUCUUCGUCUGCCAAACCUGCCCCCCUCACACGAAGCGCGGGCGCGGCGGGGUGCUCAUGCCCUACCGCCGACUGUGGUGCGUCAAGUGCCUGAAGUUCCUGAUCCCCGGGGCCUUCCGCGCGGCCUUUUACCACAAGCCUGACGGGCCCUGGGUGCAGAAUCCGAUGAAGUGCUGGCACUGCAGCACGUCAGGGACCGACCCAAAGAUGCGCGACUGCUUGAGCAGCUGCCCCAAAACCACCUACAACGACAUCAAAGCCCAGAAACCCCAGAAACCCAAACGCAGACUGGAGACAGCCCUCAAAGCCCGGCCUGACAAACGCCCCUGCCUUGCUACGCCCCUGCUCCUCUCCCCUCCCAUGUCGGCUGUCGAUGACCGUGCCCGCCGGGCAGAGAACUAUCAGCAGCUGGCAGCAACAAUCAAGGAGCGAGGCCUCUUCACCAGCAAGGCCUUGCCAGGGGACUUUCUCUUCUUCCUGCCCGACUUUAAGGAGGGGGACAACGGAUUCCAGCUCGUCGAACCAAGCCUUGAGAAGAGGCAAUUCCCCAAAACCGUGAUCCUGGGGUGCGCAACAACAACCAAUGGGCCCGGGAUCCUGAGGUGUCCCUCCUGCUCGGAUGCCACCUGCAUUCAUGUCUGCGUGCUGCAACAGCUCGUGGACGUGACCAAGCUCGAAGCCCCUGUCAGCGAGAAGAGAUUGCCGCCCGAGGCAAAAUCGGAAAAGGUAAAAGCCAAGAAACAGCAGCAGUCCGAGCCGGAAGGGGAGCAAGAUGAGACAAAGCCGCUGUCCGAAUUGGGUUUCAAGGCAGCUGGUGAUUACUGGGCGGUCCAGCUGAAAGGGGAGAAGAAGUGGGUCCUGUGUGGGAAGAAAGCGGACGAUACCUGGGCCUGUCAGCUGUGCAGAGGGGCGGAGAAGUGCCGUCACAUCUGCAAGGCCGCCAAGCUCACCUACACGCCUCCGGUCGUCACGAAGAGCACGUCAGGGACCGACCCAAAGAUGCGCGACUGCUUGAGCAGCUGCCCCAAAACCACCUACAAGGACAUCAAAGCCCAGAAACCCCAGAAACCCAAACGCAGACCGGAGACAGCCCUCAAAACCCGGCCUGACAAACGCCCCUGCCUUGCUACGCCCCUGCUCCUCGCCCCUCCCAUGUUGGCUGUCGAUGACCGUGCCCGCCGGGCAGAGAACUAUCAGCAGCUGGCAGCAACAAUCAAGGAGCGAGGCCUCUUCACCAGCAAGGCCUUGCCAGAGGACUUUCUCUUCUUCCUGCCCGACUUUAAGGAGGGGGACAACGGAUUCCAGCUCGUCGAACCAAGCCUUGAGAAGAGGCAAUUCCCCAAACCCGUGAUCCUGGGGUGCGCAACAACAACCAAUGGGCCCGGGAUCCUGAGGUGUCCCUCCUGCUCGGAUGCCACCUGCAUUCAUGUCUGCGUGCUGCAACAGCUCGUGGACGUGACCAAGCUCAAAGCCCCUGUCAGUGAGAGGAAACUGCCGCCCAAGGCAAAAUCGGAAAAGGUAAAAGCCAAAAAAGAGUUGGAAAAGGGAAAAGCCAAGGAACAGCAGCAGUCCGAGCCGGAAGGGGAGCAAGAUAAGACACAGCCGCUCUCCGAAUUGGGUUUCAAGGCAGCUGGUGAUUACUGGGCGGUCCAGCUGAAAGGGGAGAAGAAGUGGGUCCUGUGUGGGAAGAAAGCGGACGAUACCUGGGCCUGUCAGCUGUGCAGAGGGGCGGAGAAGUGCCGUCACAUCUGCAAGGCCGCCAAGCUCACCUACACGCCUCCGGUCGUCACGAAGAGGUGA